AUGGUAUGCGCCGACGCGCCUCAUACCAUGAGCCGAGCUGACAUGGUGUAGGCGGUCACAAAACGAGCGGGUCGAAAGAAGGACGCGGCGCAAGCACAACCUCAAGCCGGCGGCGGUCAACCGCAAAUCCGAAAGGCAGCCUACGAGACAGGCAAGAAGAAAGAGGUGGGCGUGUCAGACCUGACGCUGAUUAGCAAGAUCAGCAACGAGGCGAUCAACGACAAUCUCAAGAAGCGCUUCGAGAAUGGCGAGAUAUACACAUACAUCGGCCACGUGCUGGUGUCCGUCAACCCGUUCCGCGACUUGGGAAUCUACACCGACCAGGUGCUGCACAGCUACCAAGGCAAAAACCGAUUGGAAAUGCCACCGCACGUAUUUGCAAUCGCCGAGAGCAUGUACUACAACAUGAAGGCCUACCACGAGAACCAGUGCGUAAUCAUUUCCGGUGAGUCCGGAGCAGGAAAAACGGAGGCAGCGAAGCGGAUAAUGCAGUACAUUGCGAGCGUCUCGGGGAGCACCAACAGUCAGAUCCAGGAGAUCAAAGACAUGGUGCUGGCGACCAAUCCGCUCCUCGAAUCUUUUGGCAACGCAAAGACGCUGCGAAACAACAACUCCUCGCGCUUUGGAAAGUACCUCGAAAUCCAGUUUAAUGCGCAGGGCGAGCCGGUCGGAGCCAACAUCAACAAUUACCUCCUAGAGAAGAGCAGAGUCGUAGGACAGAUCAAGGACGAGCGUAAUUUCCAUAUCUUCUAUCAGUUCACAAAAGCGGCGAGCCAGGAGCACAGAACGAAUUUCGGCGUGCAACAACCGCAGACAUAUUCCUACACCAGCAAGAGCAAGUGUUAUGAUGUGGCGGGGAUUGAUGACACAGCGGAGUUCAGAGACACAAUCAAUGCGAUGAGCGUUAUUGGUAUGAGCAAAGAGGAGCAGGACGAGAUCCUCAGAAUGCUGGCGGCGAUCCUCUGGAUUGGUAACAUUUCGUUUGGCGAGGACGAUCAGGGUAACGCCGCAAUUCGGGACCAGUCGGUUGUGGAUUUCGUGGCGUACCUAUUGGAGGUGGAUAGCGCACACGUGAACAAAGCCAUGACAACGCGUAUCAUCGAAACAAGCCGAGGAGGUCGAAGAGGAUCGGUGUACGAUUCUCCUAUGAACAUUGCACAGGCGACCGCGGUUCGGGACGCUCUCAGCAAGGCCAUCUACACGAACAUGUUUGACUGGAUUGUGCAGCGCGUGAAUCAGGCUUUGAGAGCGCGAGGCGCCAUAACGCAGAGCAUUGGUAUUCUGGAUAUCUAUGGAUUCGAGAUUUUCGAGAAGAACUCGUUCGAACAGCUUUGCAUUAACUACGUGAACGAGAAGCUGCAGCAGAUCUUCAUCCAGUUGACUUUGAAAACGGAGCAAGAGGAGUACGCCCGAGAACAGAUCCAAUGGACGCCGAUCAAAUACUUCGACAACAAGGUCGUGUGCGAACUGAUUGAAGAAAAGCGGCCACCUGGUGUUUUUGCCGCGUUGAACGAUGCUUGCGCAACUGCUCACGCAGAUCCGACAGCAGCCGACCAAACCUUCGUACAGAGACUGAAUGCGCUGUCUGGAAAUCCCAACUUUGCGCCGAGACAAGGGCAAUUCGUUAUCAAGCAUUACGCAGGCGAUGUCAGCUACGCUGUUGAGGGCAUGACGGACAAGAACAAAGACCAACUAUUGAAGGAUCUGCUGAACUUGGUUGGUCAAAGCUCGAACAACUUCGUACACACUUUGUUCCCUCACCAGGUUGAUCAAGACAACCGACGUAGGCCACCCACGGCUGGUGACAAGAUCAAGGCCUCUGCCAACGAUCUGGUUGCCACGCUCAUGAAAUGCACGCCCAGCUACAUCCGAACGAUCAAGCCCAACGAGAACAAGAGCCCUACCGAGUACAACUCGCCAAAUGUUCUACACCAGAUCAAGUAUCUUGGUCUUCAGGAAAACGUUCGCAUCCGACGAGCUGGAUUUGCCUAUCGACAAACCUUCGAGAAGUUCGUCGAGCGGUUCUACCUUCUUUCGCCAAAAUGCAGUUACGCUGGAGAGUACACGUGGACGGGCGACGCGAAGUCCGGUGUAAAGCAGAUUUUGAAGGAUACGUCGAUACCGGCUGAGGAAUGGCAAAUGGGUGUCACCAAGGCUUUCAUCAAGACCCCGGAGACUCUCUUUGCACUGGAAACGAUGCGCGACCGAUACUGGCACAAUAUGGCCAUCCGCAUUCAACGAGCCUGGCGAAACUACCUUCGCUACAGGGCAGAGUGCGCUACUCGUAUCCAACAGUUCUGGCGUCGCAAGACUGGCGGCCUGGAGUUCUUGCAGUUGCGUGAUGAAGGGCAUCGAUGCUUACAAGGCCGAAAGGAGCGUAGGCGUUACUCGCUUGUCGGAUAUCGACGAUUCAUGGGCGACUAUCUUGGCAUUGACAACAAGGGAGGUACUGGAGAACUUCUCCGGAGCAACGCUGGCAUCGGACCGGGAGAAAAGACCUACUUUUCGUGCCGAGCUGAAGUACUGGUUUCCAAGCUCGGUCGAUCGAGUAAACCAGAGUCGCGCUUCCUUGUGCUCACCAACAAGGCUGUAUAUCUGAUCAAGCAAGCGUUGGUCAACAAGCAGUUGCAAAUCAUGGCUGAUCGCACGAUUCCAGUUGGAUCUAUUAAGUUUGUUAGCACCAGCACACUCAAGGAUGACUGGUUCGCUCUUGGCGUAGGAAGUCCAAACGAGCCGGACCCACUUGUCAACUGCGUCUUCAAGACCGAGUUCUUCACCCAGCUGAAGCAGGUCACACGAGGUGCAUCGCAAUUACAGAUUGCCGAGAAUCUUCAAUACAACAAGAAGCCUGGCAAAUUGGCGACAAUCAAGGCUGUGAAAGAUCCUCAAGUAGCUCGAGAUGAUGUCUACAAGAGUGGCCAAAUUCACACUGGUCCAGGAGAGCCGCCCAGCUCUAUGAGCAAGCCCACGCCAAAGGGCAAGAGUGUGCCUGGGAAGGCCAUUACCAGCGGCAAGCUUCUGAAGAAGAGCACAGGUGGAAAACUUUCGCAACAAGCUGCCGCUUCCAAAGGUCGACCUGUCCCUCAGACACGACCACUACCCGGAGCGCACGCUCAACCAGCUGAAAGAAUCGUUCCCCAGCCCCCUGCUCCUCAGCAGAGCCAACCAAGGGCUGUACCACAGCCUGUGACGGCCUUGUCCAACGGCGCAAGUCACGCCAGAAAUACUUCGAACGGAUCUGCAAGAGUCCCACCUCCUCCUCCACCGCCGCCGGCUGCUGCGCCGCCCAAGGACCAGUACAAGGCGUUGUAUGACUUCCAAGGUCAAACUGGUGGUGAGCUAAGCCUGUCUCGCGGGGAGGUCAUUGUGGUCACCAAAAAGGAGACGAAUGGUGAGAUUGCUUGCACAAAUUAUUUUGACUACAUGCUAAUGUCGACAGGUUGGUGGCUCGCCGAAAGAUUAAACAAAUCAGCAUCUGGCUGGGCGCCUGAAGCAUACCUCGAAGAAGUGAAGCAGGCUCCACCUCCGCCUCCUCCAACCCAAUCACGACCUCCGCCUGCGCCCAAACUCAAUGGUGUCAACUUUGCCGGCGCCGGCAAGGGUAAAGUCCCUCCAGCGCCGCCUACGAAACGGCCAGCCGGACGCAAACCCGCUCCAGCUCCAGGAACGCCACGAGACUCUGGAUAUUCGAAUGGAGCUGCGGGCGACUCAGGAACGUCUACGCCACAGGGACAGCAACCCGGGAUAGCAGGAGGUUUGGCUGCUGCUCUGAAGGCUCGCCAACAGGCCAUGCACAAGGAGGAUGACCGAGAAGACGACUGGUGA